AUGCAAGCUGAGCAUGCUGCCUGCGAAGGCCUCUCCUGGGGCGUGGUGAACAUCGCUGCAGGGAGGACCGAACUGGAAGAAGCCUUCUUCGACAUGGCGGUGGACAAGGGGACCUUGGACUAUCUUCUUUGCGGCGAGGUGACACUGGUGAUCAGUGCCCUGCACAAUGUCCGCGUGGCACUCGCUCCGUCUGGCAUUCUGUUGGUUGUCUCCAUACAUCCGCUUGCUCUGUGGCAGGCCUUGUUUGCGGCUUUGCGCAAGGAUGCGCCCGGCCUGGGCUUUCAAGAGUUGAAGACUUGGUCCAUUGAGAACAAAAGCGGGCGUGCCACGAGCUGCCUGGCUCUCCGCCGCCCCCCUGCUGGUGACGCGCACGGCGCGGAGGAUGCCGUUACCCACGUGCUGGACCAACACUUCACAACGGAAGCGCCCCUCCUCACGCCCCGGCGCCGCGCGGCGCUGCGCCAGCGCUGGGGGGACCCGGAGACUCGCCGGGACCCUGCGGAUGUGCACGCCUUGCUCUUCCCUUCGGCAGCGGAGCAGGCCGAGUAUCCCCUGGAGCUGUUUCUCGAAGAUCUCUCCGCCGGUCACGGCGCGGAGGCGCAGCUUAGCCUGGCAGAGGCGGAGGAGUUUCUGCAACAGAACCAGUAG